AUGGCAGUGAGGAAGCUGCUGAAGGCUCUGGAGCACCAGUCCUGUGAGGAGCAGCUGAGAGAGCUGGGGCUGGAGAGCCUGGAGAAGGCACAGGGGGGACCUUGCUGCUCUCCACAAGGCUGCUCCUUCAAACAAGAGACAAGAGCAGUUUCUGCAGUUGCUCUGCAGGAUGAUAUAAUACAAAAUCAUCAGCUGCAGGAUCUUUUAACUGAUUCUUCUAAGUCAAGAACAAGGAAUACCAAGAACUUUUACAAAUCCCAUGAAAAAGAAAUAGUCAGAGUAAUAGUAGAUACUGGACUAAGAAAAAAGAACAAAAGCAAGGAAGAUGCAAAAAAGGAAAAUCUUCUUGACCCCAGUGCUCCACAGCUGACAUUAGUUGUUGAGCACCCUUCCUUGUUAUUUCCUGCUGAAGAAUGGGUAAAAAGAAAGAGAUCCACACAGCAUGGAAAAUCCAUACAGUGCUGUCCAAAAUUCAGGAAAGAAUUUGCAAUUCAAUCCAGGCUGGAGGUGAACAACUGUCCACAGACAGGUGGGAGAGGACUGGAAAGAUCUGCCAAAUUUGGCUACCCUGAAAGUCUGAAACUUCACAAGAAGGAGCAAAAGACAGCAUUCAUUAAAAAGGUUACUUUAGAUUUGGCACAAAAAGGAUGCCUGAAAACCUUUGAAAAAUUUACAGGUAAAAAUUGUCCUGUGUGUAGAAAAGAGCAGUAUCAGACCAGAGUAAUACAUGAUGGGGCAUGCUUAGUUAAAUUGAACUAAUUAGAAUUGUCUUAGAGAAUUUAAGCUUCCUGGAGGGGAUAUACUGUUAGAAAAGAGUCUAAAGACUUUAGGGAAGCAGUGCCUCCUAAGGAUACAAAAUUAAGAAAGCAACUAUUUGAAAAAAUGUUUUGCUGUAUUUGCUUCCUUGGUCUUUUUCCUUGGGGCAAUUCAGCUUCCUUAAACCAGAACUCCUGA